AUGGCUCUUGAAUCUACCGAACUAUCCUUUUCCCCAAACGCCCUUGCCUCACGUUCUCUAUUUAAACGGUGUGUGAAAUGCUCGUCAUCAGCACCAGAAUGCCCUACCUGCGAAUCUGGCUACACGUGUACUAUGAUUAGCCAGUCUUGUGACCAAUGUGCAACUAUGAAAUGUAUCCCCACCUCAUCCAGUGGUUCAGAUUCACAGAACGGCUCGUCAGGGGGAGGGAACAACGCGGGCGCUAUUGCGGGCGGUGUUAUCGGUGGUGUUGCUUUCGUCGCAAUCGUCACAUUCCUAGUGUGGUGGUUUUUUAUUCGCAAGAAGCGCGAGGAAUAUGCCCAACAAGCCCAACAAACCGCAGUCGAAGGAGAAAAGUCACCCGCACCCACACCUGCUCUACAGUCAAGAAAAUCGACGCAUUCUAUCGCUUCUACCGCCCUUACUCGCGCAUCGAACGUCAUUCAAAUCGCCUACAUCCCCGGUGUUACCAAUCGAUCACCACCCGAAACUCCACUUGUGCCGCCGGUUCCCCCACUUCCUGGUGCUACUCCUGAUCAACAUUUCUUCAUGCCCGGUGAUUUGCGCGAUUCUUCGUGGUCCGAUAUGACAAAUGAGCGCCGAAGCAUUGCGCCGAGUCUGCGCAGCAGUGUGGCCACCACAAUAUAUCGCAACAACGCAAUUGUCAGCCCCUUGCCAGCACAGCAGGCGAUGCGUACCCGGGCUGCCGUGGUCAGUAUUCAUAACGGACCAAACAGCCCGCAACAAGCGAGUACGGCGUCAGAUGCUCCUGCCGUGCCCGCCAUUACUCAGGCACAACUCGCGAAGGCUGGGGCCGCCGAACCAAAUAGCAACAGUUCAAUAGUAGCGCGGACUGUUACUGCCAAACCAGUCAUGGUGAAGGGUUCUUCAAAGAAGAAUAUUAACAAUACGCCUCCAACUGUUCAGGCAAUAUCCGAACAAUCAGAACCCAACACAUCUAUCUCUACUCCACAAUCCUUGCCUUCCAAGCCAGGACCUGAACAGUCUACUUCUGGUUUCGAUGCGAGCUCAUCAGAAGACGAAGAUGAGAAUUCUCAGCCAGCGGCCAACAACACCAAGCGUACCGAGACCGCUCACACCGAAUCACAACCCCAAACACCCACCGUAAUCGAGGAUUCCCCGGCCAUUGAUCAAGGCCCGUUUACGGAUCCAUCCACAACAGAGACCAAGGCACGGCCAUCGUCUCACUUGGAGGCCAACAAUGGAACCAGAUCAAACAGAAACAGUAGAGGUCCUCCCCCACGCGGCGAGAGCCCAUUCUCGGAUGCAAAUGAGGUGAAAUAA